CCCCUCUGGGCGGGCAGCUGCGCAGGGCGCAGGGGCUGAUCAGCGGGGGGUACUCCAGGGACCUCGCACCCCUCUUCUCCCAGGAGGUUGCAAGAGCCUCAAUUCCAACCACCUCAGCUUGCCUCUGAUCCCUGUCCACUGCUGCCAGUCGAGAGGUGCCGCUGCUGCGGCCAUGGCCUCCCACGGGAAACUGAGGAAGGACCGGGGGUCCCUGACCGAUUAUGAGUCUCAGGUCAAAGAGAUCCGAUGUCAGUUGGCAGAACAGCUCCGAUGCCUGGAUGGUCAAGGGGAGCUUCGGCGAGAACUGCUCCAGGAUCUGGGCGAGUUCAUGCGGCGCAGGGCUGAGGUGGAGCUGGAAUACUCCAAGGGACUGGAGAAGCUCAGCGACAGGUUCCUGGGCCGAGGAGGCCGGACCAGUGCCAGGGACCGAGAGCAGCAGAACUUUCGGAAGGAGCCAUCCCUUCUGUCUCCCCUGCACUGCUGGUAUGUGCUGUUGCAGCAGACUCGGCAGGAAAGCCGGGAUCACGGGGCCCUCAGCGAGGUGCUGGCCGGACCCCUGGUCCAGCAGCUCAGUCACAUUGGAGAGGACGUAGGGCGCCUGGUGAAGAAGAGUAAAGACCUGGAACAGCAGUUGCAGGAAGAGAUGCUCAAAGUGGUGUCAGAGCUACAGAUGGCCAUGAAAACCUACCAGACAUAUCGGGCAGAGAGCGUAAGCUCUGAGGGCAAGCUGAGAGAAGCUGAAAGGCAAGAAGAGAAGCGGGCCGGCCGAUGUGGGGAGGCCGGCACCUCACCAGCUACAGAUGGCCAUGGCUGGGCCUCUCCUCGAAGGACUUCGCUCAAGAAAGGAGGGCGCCUAGUAGAGAAGCGCCAGGUCAAGUACCUCGAGCACAAACUGAAGUGCACCAAGGCCAGGAAUGAGUACCUGCUCAGUCUGGCCAGUGCCAACGCAGCCGUCAGCAACUACUAUUCGCGGGACACCAUGGACAUCAUGGACUGCAAUGAUCUGGGCUUCCACCUGGCCCUGAGCAAGGUUCUUCGUGGCUACACAGUGGCUAUGGCCCGGGCCAAGGCCUCCCCUGGGCAGAGCCCCAGCAAACUGGAGAUAGCCUUGGACGCCCUGGACCCCGAGGGAGACAAAAGCAAAGUGCUGGAGCUCCACGCCUCUGCCUUCUGCCCGCCCCUUCGAUUUGACUACCAGCCCUAUGAAGGGGACGAGGUAUCUGAGGUCCAAGUGUGCCUAGACCUGGAAGACGAAAUCUUGUCUAGAGCCAAGAACAUCCAAACUCGCCUGGGUCGCCAGUGUAUUGAAACUGAGGAGAUCAACAAGACCCUCAAGGCCACUCUACAGUCUUGGUUAGACCAGUCAGCCUCUGAAGAAGGAGACGUGUUGGAUGCCUUCCAGACCAGUCCAUCCACUGAAUCGCUCAAGUCCACUGGCUCUGACCAUGGCAGUCGGCAGCUCGCACGGAGACGUGGCCAGCAGCAAGAGACUGAAACUUUCUAUAUUCUGAAACUUCAAGAAUAUCUGAGCUGUAGAAGUAUUCUCUUUAAGCUGCAAGCGAAACAUGAGAAACUACAGGAGGCUAUUCAGAGAGGCAACAAGGAAGAUCGUGAUGGUUCACAAUCCUGCUCGGCUAUGACUAGAUCCCAAAGGAAUCGGCGUCUUCGGCCUAGCUCCCAGUACAACCACAAACUUUUUUCAGGAGAUAUGGAAAAGUUUAUCCAGAGCUCUGGCCAAGCUGUUCCUUUAGUUGUAGAAAGCUGUGUCCGUUUCAUCAACCUACAUGGUCUCCAGCAUGAGGGCAUUUUUCGAGUGCCCGGAGCACAACUGAGGGUCACGGAAAUCCGGAAUGCCUUUGAGAGAGGCGAGGAUCCUUUGGUGGAUGGCUACUCUGCUCACGACUUGGACUCUGUGGCUGGUGUACUAAAACUCUAUUUCCGGGGCCUGGAGACACCACUUUUCCCACUAGAGAUGUUUGGGGAGAUGCUGGCUGCUGUGGAUCUGGAGAGCCCUGGAGAACGGAGAGAAUUUGUGAAGGGCAUCGUGGGCCGCCUGCCAGGGCCAGUGCUGGUGGUCCUCCGUUAUCUCUUUACCUUCCUCAAUCACCUGGCCCAGUACAGUGAUGAGAACAUGAUGGAUCCUUACAACCUGGCUGUGUGCUUUGGGCCCACCCUGGUGGUUGUGCCACCUGAGCAGGACCCAGUGGCGGUGCAGAGCCGGGUAAACCAGCUGGUUCAGACCCUCAUCUUAGAACCCGAGCUCAUCUUCCCAACCUCGACUGCACUCCCAGGGCCCCUCUAUGAGAAGUGCAUGGCCCCGCCACAUGAUGAUUUUGGGGAUACUCAGCUGGAUGCCACAGCAGAAGAGAAUGAGCAGGACCUGCCUGCGGAGACAUCAGCCACUAAAGAGGAGACUUCCAUCCCAAUCCCAGAGAGUUCCAAGGAUGCCUCGUACUGUUCAGCCCCGGUCCUUGAGUGUGGGGAGUCUCUGGAGGCUGUGGCGUGUUUCGACUAUGUAGGCCGCACGCCCCAGGAACUUACUUUCCAGCGUGGAGAUUUACUGUGUUUGCACACCCGGGCCUCCGGAGAAUGGUGGCGUGGAGAGCGGGCAGGCACCCUGGGGCUCAUCCCCCACAAAUAUAUCAAGGUGCCUGACAAGGCAGAGAGUCAAGCAGUUUUACAGGAAGGACAGGGAGAAGGCGAACUGGUCCCCAAAAGCGAGGAUCCUGUAGUGGAGCCUGUGUGCCGAGUGCGCACAAAUUCAGCAGGUGCCUAUAGCAAGGCUUCCUCCAAAUCGAGAGGUGGCAAACUGACUUCGCCUUUUUUUGAACCUACCCACCACCCUAUGUCAAGCAGCCGAGCUUUUUCACCUUCUGACAGAUCAGAACGCUGGAAUGCAAUGGAUAUGCCAGGUCCCUCUGGGUACAACUGGCACUGCCCAGCCAUCGUCACCACUGAUAAGAAAUGGGACAAAUGGGAUGCUGAUAAGAGAUGGGAUGCUGAUAAGAAAUUGGAGGUCGAUAAGAGCGUGGCCCAGAAGAUGGAAUCUGUCUUUAAGGAGCUCUUGGGGAAGGCCCAUACCAGGCACCUGCCGAAGACCUCAGAGAUACUUUUGAGCUCCCCUGAGGCCUCCUGCUCUGCCGCCCACAGCUGGUGGCCCCUGGGACCCUCCCGAACUGGGAAGAACAAGGUUUUCUCUAGAGGCGCUGGGGGUCAUGACCAAUUCUGAGCUCCUCUCCUGCCCCUGCUAUUUCUUCACAGGUGUAUGGGACCUCGCCUGUCUUCAUUUACCUUAAUUCAAACUUUUCUGUCUAUGUCCCCUUUCCCAAUUUUUCCUCUUGAGAAACCGGAAUAAAAUUGAAGGUCCGGCGGGGCAAAUGCUUGGCUCCCAAGUCCCCGGGAGGGCCCAGCAAGA